UGUUUGGGGUCGCCACUUGUUCGGUCGUGGCAACGGUCAAUCUUUGCUCUUUGUUUACAAUUUGGUUAAUCCAAUUGUUUCAUCAUCAUCAUGUUUUCCAAAGGUUUUUUAAUUUCCCAAGUAAUUAAAUCAAUUUCAACAAGAAGUCUACAUUAUAGUUUACCAUUAAAUCAUUCAUGUCUCUCUGAGUAUCGUAAAAGAGCACCGAUUAGAGAUGAUGGAACAGCAGGAUUAUCGGUGGAGUUUUAUGGAGAGAAAGUAAUUGAUUAUCCAACUCCUGAAACGGCAACUACUCUUUUCGAUGGAAUCCCUUAUGAAAAUUUACCUCGUCUAUUCAUCAAUUGUUCAAAAAAUAAUACCAAACUUUCCCUUUGGAGUGGUGAUAAUAAAUAUCUUACAAGAAAAUCUUGUCUAACUGAAGGUUUCAAAGGAUCCAAGAAAGGGACAACCGUUGCAGCUCAAGCAGCUACUUUAGCAAUGGUAAAAAUGCUUAAACUAUUGGACAGAACAACCGUACGAGUUAUUAUAAAUGGACUUGGACCUGGAAGGUUAACCUCAAUUCAAGUAUUAGACCAACAUGCGGUAAAUGUAGUCUCAAUCACUGACAAUUCAGACUAUGUAAAAGUAAAAACUCAUAGACCAAAGAAAGCAAGAAGAACCUAAAAGCCCAAAAUUUUCAAUACAAAUUGUAAAAGUAAAUAUAAAGUGUAACCUGUUGUUGUAAGAAGAAAAUCAUCUAAAAUUGUAUCAAAAACAUAUAACCAGAAAGAAAAUGAUUUAUGUGUGUUGACACAAAAUUAAUAAAAAUUAACUUAAAUUGA